CACGACCGAGAUGACCCCUGAACUGGACAACUCAUGCAGUCGGAGGGGUCCUUGAUGCCUGAUAUGCAUGUAUGUAUGUCAUAAACAUCAUAUGUACCAAACAUAUAGCACGUUGACAACUGUCAUACUACGCCCGACUAUAGAAAAUAUCCCCUCAUAGAUCAGGGCUGCUACUCCAUACGAACCGAAUGAGAUCGUUUUCAUGCGCUCGGGCCAGCGAUACAGUUCACAGAAGAGGCUAGAAAACUUAAAUGUGAAGCCCCUAACAGACGUCGGUGGGCACAUUACUCCAAUAGUCGUUUCUUCUACUGGGUCCGGGAUAAGACAUGUCAUGCCCAGUCCAGUUCAACAACCUAAUAGCAGUACUGCUCAGGUCCAUUUCUUCCAUUUCGCUUGGGUCAUUCUGGCGGUGUAUGGUUGUAUGUACGGCAGUCCAACUGCAUUGCAGAGAGUAGGCCUCCCAGGAAGGCUAGUGGCCAAUCAGAACUUUAAGGAUAUCACAUCACAUUGGUGGCCAGCGGCCGACGACAGGAACAAUAAUGAAAAAAAAAACGCAAUAUCAUAAGGGGCAUCAGGAACAAAUACAUAGAGAAGCGUACCAGGGCAGAAGCCCUG